AUGGAUGAAAAUAUUCGACAAGUUCAUGUUGGAGUAAUUGGAUGUGGUUGUAGUGGUUUGGUUACAUUAAAAGAAUUAUUAGAAGAAGGUCAUCAAUGUACUGUUUUUGAAAAAUCAAAUUCUAUCGGUGGUUUAUAUACUCAAGCAUAUCAACAAGGAAUAUUUGUAUCAAGUCAUUUAUUAACUAUGUUUAGUGAUUUUAUUGGAAAUGAUGAAACUAUUCUUUCUCAACCAAGAAUGUUAUCAUUUAUUGAAUAUUCACAAUAUUUAAAUGAUUAUGCCGAACAUUUUCAUUUAAAACAAUAUAUUAAAUUACAAACAGAAGUUAAAUCUUUAUGGAAAGAUUAUUCAGAGAAUAAAUGGAAAAUUCUUCUUAAUAAUAGUCAACAAAUUUAUACAUUUGAUCGUAUUGCAAUUUGUUGUGGAGUUUAUGGAAAUAUAAAUAUGCCAAUAUUUAAAAAUCAACAUUUAUUUGAAGGAAAAAUAAAACAUUUAAAAUAUAUUCAAUAUUAUGAAGAUUUUACUGAUAAACAUGUUUGUAUUGUUGGAAGUGGAGAAUCAGCUAGUGAUAUGAUAUUAGCUGCUGCACAAUAUGGAAAGAAAGCUUUUUUAUCUAUAAGAAAUGAUCAUGGAUUUAUUGUUCCAAGAUAUAUUCAUGGAGAUCGAUUUGGACCAGCUGAUUUGGAUACAUCACGUGUUCAUCAUUCGAUUCCACGUGCAUGGGGAGUUUUACAUACUUAUAUCGAUAUGAUUAAUAGUUUAAUAAAAUCAUAUUUUAAAUGUUUAGUUUAUCAAGGAGGUAAAUCAACUGAUUAUGAUAAAAUACGAAGAGCUGGAAUUUAUAUGAAUUUAAAACAAAUAAAAACAAGUAAUAUAUGGACUACAUUUGGAACAAAAAAUUCAAAUUUAGUUGAAGCUUUAGUUAAAUAUAGUGAUAAAUGUUUUCGAAAACCUGGAAUAAAAGAAUUAAAAACAAAUUCAAUUAUAUUUGAAGAUAAUUCAGAA